AUGAGUUCACAAACAACAACGAUAUCAAUUUUCCGAGAACCAAAAACCGAUACAGAGCGAGUCCUUCGCGACGCCUGCAGCUUUGUUCUCCAAGUACCGGUUACCAACAUCAACCUCGAUCGCUCCUUUGUCGCCAAUGGCGGUGACUCUAUUGCAGCCAUGAGAGUCAGCCCGCGUUGCCGAACGAGUCACGUCGUUGUGUCGGUCGCUAGACUUCUCACGGCAAAGUCUCUUGCCGAUGUUGCAGCGCAGUCGUGCUUGGGCAAUGCCAAGGUUCUUCUGUCGGGUGUGGGCGACGACGAGACAUGGGCCAAAAAGGCCACUGAUGAGGUCAGCUCUGAGUCCAGAAUCGAGCCUUUUAGUCUCUUGAAUAUAUCAGAAAACGAAUUAAGCGACUUGCGCGCGCAAAUCGCCCCGGCCCUGCGCAUCCCGCCGGAGCAGGUGCGCGACAUUGCGCCUACGACACACACGCAGUCCCUAUGCGUCGAAGCCGCCAUGCACACGCCACCGCAGGGAUGCUACGUGUUCUAUAUCGACAUACCACAGAGUAUCGAGCUGAAAAAAAUCACUACUUUUGCUCAGAAGCUGUGGGACAGGAUCGACAUGUUGAGGACCGUUUUUGUCCUGCGGCCAGAGUCGAGCCAGCUCUUGCAAGUUGUCUCGGAACAGUCUGUGGUACCGCUCGAGCUUUAUACUGUCAACGACUCAAACAAGUUGGAAAGCGAGUCCAAGCGUGUUUUUGAGGAGAGCUUGAAGUCACGAUUGGAGUCGGGAGCCAUUUACGUCAAGUUCAUGCUGCUUCACCGUCCAGAUACACCUACACGACUGGCCAUUCGCCUAUCUCAUGCUCAUUACGAUGGAAUGAGCCUCCCCCCGAUUCUAGACUGCCUUGCCGCCGAGCUUCAAGGAAAAUUAUGGCCAGCCAUUCCCAGCUUCGUGAGCUAUAUUUCCCAUGUCUGUGAGCAAAGCGGCAAUACACUGCAGUAUUGGAAGAAAGCGCUCCACGGGUCCAAGCCUCUGGCGCUACAUCCUACAGGACAUAGUAGUCAAAUCUUGACCAGUUCGAGGGUGGUUUCAUGUCCCCCCAAGCAGGCGAGCUUCACCGAAGCCAACGUGUUCCUGGCCGUAUGUGCCGAAACUCUGGCCCGGCUUUACGACACCCGAGAUGUGCAUGUUACCCUCACAGUCUCUGGACGGGCCAUGCUUUCCGCAAACCUAACCAACAUUGUUGGCCCUUGCCUCAACCAGGUACCUUUGCGAGUUGUGCUACCAGAAGAGCCAAAUUUCAACACGACCGUCGGUCUUGUGCGAAAGGCUCAGCUUGACAUGCUCCCCGCGGAGAUGGCAACGCUGCAAGACAUCUACAAGGCUUGCACUGACUGGCCAGAGGGCGAUCAAAAAAUGUCUUACAAUGUACACUUCAAUGAUCUUGACUCUCGGUCAAUUGAUUUGCUCGGCGAUGGAGCGCAAGUGCCACUGCUCGUUCAUGGCCCUCGUGGCGUAUGGGAGCAUUCUGAACAGAUAUGGAUAAUCGCUAGCCCCGUAGAGGGCACCUGGCAGAUUGCACUAAGCGCUAACGCGAGCCACUGCACUGCUGAUUAUUUGGACAAGAUUGGUGAUACACUGGCUCUCGUCGCAGCUGCGGCACAAACGUAG